AAGAAAAAGAAAAACAAGACAGAAGAGUUCUUAGGAUAGACACACACAGAGGAGGAAACAAGACGCUGAAUGGAUACGGUGAUGCGCAGAUAGAAGACAGGCGCGAGGGGGGAAUCCACCACAGGAUCCGUGCGCGAGCUUUCUUCAGCUUCGGAAGGCGAAGAGAUUAAACACCAGUGAAACCCCCAUACCCUUAUACACACAAUCUGCAUCGAGGUGCCAUGGAAGACCUGGGCGAGAUGGACUGCACGGUGCUGAAGCGGCUCCUGAAGGACGACGGCGGCCGGUGCUUGGUGCUGGACUGCCGCUCCUUCCUCGCCUUCAGCGCCGGGCACAUCCGAGGCUCCGUCAACGCGCGCUGCAACACCAUCGUUCGAAGGAGGGCGAAGGGCUCCGUGCUGAGCCUGGACCAGGUCCUGGCCGGGGACGAGGAGGUGCGGGGCCGCCUGCGCUCCGGGAUGUACUCCGUCGUGGUGCUGUACGACGAAAGGACGCCGGACUCGGACUCAGUGAAGGAAGACAGCACGGUGACCCUGGUGCUCAACGCGCUGUUCAGGGACUCCCAGGGAACACUGGUGUACCUGCUCAAAGGGGGAUAUGACAGAUUUUACGCAGAGUAUCCCGAGUUUUGCUUAAAAAACAAAUCAUUGCCGUCCUUCACCAGCCAGUCCAGCAUCGACUCCUGCUCAUCGUGUGGGACACCACACAACGAUCAGGGUGGCCCCGUCGAGAUCCUGCCCUUCCUCUACCUUGGCAGCGCCCUUCAUGCCUCCAAGAAGGAGGUCCUGGACAGCGUCGGAAUCUCCGCCCUGCUGAACGUGUCGGCCGACUGUCCCAACCACUUCGAGGGCACUUACCAGUACAAGUGCAUCCCAGUGGAGGACAACCACAAAGAAGACAUCAGCUGCUGGUUCCUGGAGGCCAUCGAGUUCAUAGAUUCAGUACGAGACUCAAGUGGACGAGUGUUGGUCCAUUGUCAAGCAGGCAUCUCCCGCUCCGCCACCAUCUGCCUGGCCUACCUAAUGAAGAGGAAGCGGGUGCGUCUGGACGAAGCCUUCGAGUUCGUGCGCCGCCGCCGCAGCAUCAUCUCGCCCAACUUCAGCUUCAUGGGCCAGCUGCUGCAGUUCGAGUCCCAGGUCCUCGCCACAUCCUGUGCCGCCGAAGCCGCGGCCACAGCGAGCCCGUUGCUCGGACCCAAGUCCACGGUGGCCAACAGCUCGACGGCCGUCACGCCCACGUCUCCGUUCAUCUUCAACUUCCCGGUGUCGGUGGUGAACCCGGCCUACCUGCACCACAGCCCCAUCACGACCUCACCCGGCUGCUAAUGGACAGCUUUACCCCAAAUCCUGACUCAAAGUGAGAGCAGACUGGGCUGGAGGAGCUCUCAGUGUCACUGACCUCUGCAGUGUGUCCGUACUUCCACGACACGGAGGCGAGAAGCGUCACGGUGCCUGAAAAGGACCUUUUUUUUUUUCUUUUCUUCUUCUUCUUCUUCUUUUUUAAUUUCACAAACCAGCCAACACUCAGUCAGUUUUCACGAGAGAUUUAUUCCAGUUGACCAAAAACGAAAUGUCUUUUCUAGACUUGUUCGUCAUUCACACGGAGUGUUGGACUGACAUCGACUCAAAGACACACUUUUCUUCCAACAUGCACAGAGACACCCCGACACACGCGCACACACACCCACAGAAACCUAACACGGUGAGGCCUGAGCAGCAGCGAACCUAUCUUCCCCUCUCUCCCACGCACACGUUCAUGCCUGCCGACUGAAUAAGCUCAGUAUGAAGAUAGCUUGUUUCUAUGGAGACAAGGUCUUUAGGAGAGGAGAUGGACACAGGAAGGAAGGGGGGAAUUUUAAGCACUCCCUCUUUCCUCCUCGGGUGUCCCUCCUGUCGCCGGACAAAGGAGACGGAUGGAGAAGGAAAGAGGGAGGGAAAAAAGAGGGUGACAGAGAGCAGGAGCCUCUUCAGUGACAGGUGUUCUGCCAGGGAUCCGACUGGAGCUUCCUGCCCUUCACACGUCCUCUUCCUCUCCUCUCAUCUCCCUUUUCAUCCUUUUAUGCUUCCUCCCUCCUCCUCAUCCUCUCAUCUCUGCCUCUCAUGUCAGACUUGUCCCCCUCCCUCUUUUUUUCCUUCUCUGGUCUUCGUCUUCUCACCGAGAAGAUGAAGGAGGUUAAAAAUAAAUAGAACUAGAUGCCAAAUAAAAAGGCUGGGGCCCCUUGUAAAUGGACUGGAAAACCCCUGACACCACAAUAAAAGCCCUUCUGCAUCAUAUAUAAAUAUUUUUAGGCAAAAAGGGCUGAUAUUUCUGGAAAUAGGAGGUGUUUUCUGACAAGAAUGAAAAGAUUUCGGGGAUAUUUUGCAGAAAUGUUGGGAUUCUCUUUUUAGAUGGAACUCCCUGAAAGACGGUCUGUUUAAGCACAUGUUCCUUUUAAACAUGUGCGCGGUAAACUAUUCAUAUUUUUCCCCAAGUUAAAACAAACUGGGUUUCACUUCUACUCAGCAGUGUUUUAUCUCUUACAGUGAUUUGACAUGAAGAACAAAGUGGCUCCUGCUUGGUGCCUUGAAAAAGGUUUUUCAGAUAAAAAGCAAAAAUAAGCAUCGGUGUCAGUGGAUGGUCCAUUAAGAUGUUUGUGCCUUGUUCAUUAAGGUAUCCCCCCAGUAAGUUUUUUUGGCAUUUAUUUUCUGUUUUGUAACUACAAGACAGUAAACUGAUGAAUGUUUGGCAGACCCCUGAAAAUCCUCAAUAGGCAUGGGCCGGUAGGAAAUUCUCACAGUCAAGGUUUUUCGGUAGACUAUCCAAACAAAAA